CUUUUCUGAUGGUUCUUACCAUCCCUUGUUUUGAACAUCCGAGUUGAAGCGUGUAUUCAUUCUCUUUGAAGAUCGGGAGGUACUUCUAUUCUGGGUGAGAUGAGAUCUCCAGCAACCAGGAUCGUCUGUCUUUCUUAAGAGUUGGCGUUUUUCAUCUGAUGGCAUCUGCACAAUUCAAUGUUGUUCCAACAUCAGCUGCGCUUAGAACUGCGCUCAGUGAAGAGUUGGUUUCAGUAGCUAACGUGAUCCACCAGUUUCCUGAGAUGCCUGAUAUCCUUGGUCGGGCACUCCAAUUCCAUCAGCUUCUUGUAGCCAAGAAGCUUAGUCUUGUUGAUGAAAGUGUAGUGCCCAAUGAGGUUAACCUAUCCCUUACCAAUCUCUCUGUUUUGGAUGAUCACCUGCAAGUCCUUGUUCCAGGAGCUAAUGUUCAAGGUGCAGAUAUUCUUAACGUUGUCAGAUCCGAGUGCACACUGUGUGAUGAGUAUCUAGCACAUGUUAUCCCCCGCGGUAUUUCCUACCGUGCUGUGACUGGUUAUAAUGCUUGUUUGUAUCGGAAGGUUGUUGAAUUGAAGUUUGUUGCUGGAGGUGGGAUUGCUAAUCCCCAGGCCAAUAUUCCUAUUGAGCCAGCUCCUACUGGAGAAUCUGAAGUAUCUGGUAUAUUGCUUUUUUUUCCUUUUGUAUUUUAGAUCUGUAUUUUCAGCCUUUGAUAUAGCAGUCAAUACUUAACCAAGAGAAUGGUUGAGGGAGGGGAGGGAGUAACGACAGUACCGAGGGCAACUAACAGUUGGUAGUCAUGUUAUUGUUGAUAUUGAGGUUGAUUUGUACUUCUGGUAUUUUGUUGGAGUAGAAUUGAAGAAUUAUGUUUAGUACUUCGUUUGGCUUUGUUAGGCAUUUACUAUUGAAAUUGCUACCUUUGGUAUUCUGUUGAGCGUAAUUGUUUGGUGCUUGGGAUUUGUUAGUCAUUUACAGAUUUACUGCUGAGAUUUGUUAGUUGAUUUGCUACUUAGUAUUCAUGUUAAGCAAUGUUGUCGGAACCGAACCGGUGUAUGAAGCUGUUAUAAAUU